UAAACAACAUGGAAAUGUUGGCCUUAACAACAUGCAGAAGCUUAUUCUCCUCUCCAUUUCCAUGUCUCUCUUCUGACAUUUUCACUCUGAUAUAUAAUUAACUCUCUUUUCCUCCCCCCAUAAAUAUAUAUAUAUAUAUAUUAAUAAUGCCUGGUGGUGAAAAUUGUCGUACCAGCCCGUUGGCUGCCACCAUCAAGACUCGUCGGAGACCAGUGGAUUUUGUCGAAUACGCAGAGGAAAAUGGCAAUGGAAAAGUUGAUUUUACCGCACAAAACCACCACCAGCUUGGCCAUCAUCAGCAUAGAAUUAGAACGGUUUCCCUAAUAAGAUAUAUGAGACCAGGAAGAUAUCUGGGCCGUUGGAUUUUUGGAGCAUUAAUGUUAUUAAUGGUUUCAACCAUGUUUGUGAAGAUUAUGCUGAUACACUUCUUUCUUAGAGUCAAUGCCACGAUGAGUUCCCGUGAUUUCUUGCAACUUCCACGUACUUCUCUUGAAGCACGAGACCUCAUGCAUGCAAAGAAUAGUGAAAUCUGGACGAACCCUGGAACUGAUAAGUAUUAUAAAUGCAUUGCUCGACCAAGUAAAGAGAUAAGAGACAAAACUAUCAGCAAUGGUUAUAUUCUAGUUCAUGCAAAUGGUGGAUUAAACCAAAUGAGAACUGGGAUAAGCGAUAUGGUAGCGGUAGCAAAACUAAUGAAUGCCAGCUUGGUUGUUCCCUUGUUAGAUCACAAAUCCUUUUGGACAGAUCCUAGUGAAUUCAAAGAUAUAUUUAACCGGAAGCAUUUCAUAAGAGCUUUGGAACAUGACAUUGAAGUACUGGAGUCUCUUCCUCCAAGUCUUGCAAAUGUGAAACCUCUUAUGAAGGCACCUGUUUCUUGGUCAAAGGCCAGUUACUACAGCAGAGAGAUUCUGAAGCUAUUGAAGAGACACAAAGUAAUAGAAUUCACUCAUACUGAUUCACGACUAGCUAACAAUGGCAUCCCAGAUUUUAUCCAAAAACUCCGCUGCCAUGCCAUGUAUGAAGCACUUCGUUUUACUGAGGAAAUUGAACAACUUGGAAAAAAGUUAGUAAACAGACUCAGGGAAAAUGGUGAACCGUAUAUAGCUCUCCAUUUGAGAUAUGAGAAAGAUAUGCUGGCUUUCACAGGCUGCAAUCACAACCUUACCAGAAAGGAAUCUGAGGAGCUUCGAAAAUUAAGGUACAAAACCAAGCACUGGAAAGAGAAAAGGAUAAAUGGAACAGAAAAGCGGCUACAAGGGGGGUGCCCCAUGACACCUCGAGAGGCUGCCUUGUUUCUCGAGGCAAUGGGAUAUCCAUCCAACACUAAAAUUUGCAUAGUUGCAGGAGAGAUUUUUGGCCAAAAUGGAUUGAAGGCUCUUCAAGAAAGGUAUCCAAAUAUAUAUUCCCAUUCCAAUUUGGCAACAGAGCAAGAGUUGGAACCUUUUACGCAAAGGCAUAAUCAGCUUGCUGCACUAGACUAUAUUAUAGCUCUUCACAGUGAUGUUUUCCUCUACACCUAUGACGGGAAUAUGGCCAAAGCUGUUCGUGGUCAUCGUCUAUUUGAAGGCUUUCGGAAAACCAUCAAUCCUGACAAGAAAAAUCUUGUCAGACUUAUUGAUGAAAUGGACAACAAGAAGCUAACUUGGGAAGAAUUUGCGACUCAAGUUAGGGGCUUACAUGUAAACAGGACAGGAGCACCAAAUGCUAGAGUUGUUGGUGAUUCACCAAAAUUGGAGGAAAAUUUCUAUGCAAAUCCUUUCCCUGGUUGUGUUUGUCCAAGACCAGAAGAGAAGACCAAAUGACUGCUGAGGUAUUAGAAACAAUAGAAGGCAAUAUAAGCUUAAUUGCUUAUAGGCUUCCAAUGGCUAAAUUUUGCAAUCUCAGUCGUAGAUGGAGAAGUCUCUGAUGAGUAAGUUUCUCCUCCGCUGCACAGAGCCAGAGCCAAAGACCAGUUAACUCGGAGCCAUAUCAGAUUUAUUGUAUAUAUCAUACUCAGCUUGCUGAUUCUUCACUAAUUGAACAUUUAGAAUGGGAAAAUCCAUAAAAAAAAAUCAAGAACAAUUACUCAUUAGACAGAUGCUUAUACAAAUCAAGUUUACAUCUAAGCCAUCAGAUUAUUUAAGCAUGCUUAUCUGCUUUGCAGACAGGAGUUCAGGUAAUCAUUUGGUAUUUCAUCAUCACCUUGGAUGAAGCUAUGUACAAAACCAUUUUAUUAUGCAAUUCAAUCUGCCUUGAAUUCCUGGUUGUAUUACGGGGCGAAGGAUGAUACUCUCAGAUAGUUCAGUACCCUCUAAAUUCCAGGACACAAUAGCAGUGCAUCACAGGUGCAAAACGGAAGACAAACAAAAUACUCUAUCGCUGACUCAACUUUCUGGUGAACUAAUGUGCCCUGUUCUGCAUAGAAAUCAUUUUCCAGUUGGUCAUACCAAUCAAGGGAAAGACUUGAGAAAGCGAGAACAAAUAGAAACAGCUAAAGGAAAGUUCUGCGCAAAAGAGAAUCACAUCUUAUACCAUACAGGCAUAACUGUAGAAGAGUUUCAUAAUCAUAACCUGUGCAAUUUAUUCCCAAAAAGCUGGAUUGAAGAGUCAGUUUUUCAACAUUUUCCUAGCCUUCGGAUAAUUGGAAUAUUGCGCAAUCCGCCCUUUCAACAUUUUCCUAGCUUUUCAACAUUUUUCCUGGCAACUCUACAAGGAUUUUUAAGUUAUAACAUAAACAUUUUACUUCCUUUUGAACUUUU